CGAGGCGCUUGGAGCGACCCGGGGCGGAGGGAGAGCGGCGGGCACGCGCGCCAUGAACCCGAAGGCGGGCGAUGAGGAGGAGGACUGCGUGGACUCGGGCGCCGAGACCGGAGGGUCCGACUACAGCCAUCUGUCCUCCACCAGCAGUGAGCUUUCUGUGGAGGAGACACAGGACCCUUUCCUGGUGAGCAUCCACAUCAUCGCAGACCCAGGGGCAUCCCAGCCACUGCAGGAGGCCAUCGACAAGGUUUUGGCGUGGGUUCACCCUGACCUUCCACUGUUCCGAGUGUCUGAGCGGCGCACAGGGAGGCGAAGGCGGAAGUCCCCCAAGAGUGCUCAGCCGGCGCUGGCCGUGGUGCUGUUCCUGCAGGAAGAGUACGGAGAGGAACAGAUCCUGCAUGUGCACCAGGUGCUGCAACAGCCGCCCUGGCGCCAUCACCACACAGAACGUGUGCACGGCCGCUUCCUACCCUACCUGCCCUGCAGCCAGGACUUCUUCACUCUGGCUCCCGGGACCCCUCUGUGGGCCAUCCGGCCGGUGCACUAUGGCAAGGAGAUUGUGCGCUUCACCAUCUACUGCCGCCACGACAGCUAUGCAGACAGCCUCCGCUUCUAUGAGCUGAUCCUACGCCGGAGCCCCAGCCAGCGGAAAGUGGACUUCUGCAUCUUCCCCAUCUUCUCCAACCUGGAUGUGGACAUUCAGUUCUCCUUGAAAAGACUGCCCCGCGACCAGAACCCGGUGCCCACCGACUCCUCCGUGCUGGAGUUCCGAGUGAAGGACAUUGGGCAGCUGGUGCCCCUCCUUCCCAACCCCUGCAGCCCCAUCAGCGAGGGACGCUGGCAGACUGAGGACCACGAUGGCAACAAGAUCCUUCUGCAGGCACAGAGGACACACAAGAAGGUCCCCAAGUGUAGCCGAGCACACCGCUCCUCCGAGAAGAAACCUCGUUCCACUCCGUCUACAACUGUCGACACACCGAGCACAGCCCAGAGCAGCAGCAAGACAGCCCUGCAGAGCAGCCCCUUCCUGGGGUCUAGCCAGGUGGCCCUGCCUCCCAGGAACAAGCAGGAGUGUCCCCCACAAUUAAGCACCUCCAGCCCUGCCCGGUCUUUCCAGAGAAGCAAGUCUUUGUUUUGUUUGCCCAGUGGAGGCCCCUCUCCCGCUGAACCACAGCCUCUCCUGACUGGUUCCCAGAGACACAGUGCCUCAGAGUGGAGGCCCGGCUACCUCCUGUCCGUUGAUGACUUAGAGGGGGCCCAGGAGACAGAUGUGGACACGGGCCUGCGGCUGUCCUCUUCAGACCUCUCUGUGGUCUCUGCAUAUUCCGCACCCAGUAGGUUUUGCAACACAGUGGAGUCAUCCCUCCCCUCCAAGAGAUGUAGCAGCCACUGGCCAACACCCAAGAGUCCCAAGGAUGGACCACUGCCUGCUGCCGGUGAGGUGAGCCCAGCCGCCUCCUGGGAUUCCCACCCUGAAUUCACCAAAGGGUCUCCCAGUCCUACAGAAAAAACUACUGCUGCCCUCUCUGCUUCCGGGGUCUCCUCUCUCCCACAGCCAUCCCCACAGCUCCCUUGUCAUGACUCCAAAGCCACACAGAGUGACCAAGACGUGCUACCGCCCCCAACCACAGCUGGCCCCGAGGAUAACGACAUGGAGGAGUUCUACAUCUGAUCGUGUCCUGGUUUUCAGGCAAGCUCAGUCACAGAAACUCGGACACCAUUGCCCCCUGCUUCUUGUUCACAGGGUGACCUUGGUCCCGUUUGCCAACUCUGACUAGGACUUAAUUAUCUGUCUUGGAAGAUGGUUAGCAUGUUGGCCACGCCACCUAUCCGCAAUUGAUAGGUAACAUUAUUUCUAAAGGCUCAGAUAAAAAAGAAAAAAGAAAAAAAACUGACAUUUUAUGGAAAUAAAUUUUCAACACACUUAAUUCAUAAAAUCUAUUUUUGAAUGUUCAAUUAUACAAUUUAAUGCUUCAAAUGAAUAUUUGAAAUUAAAAAAAAACAUAGUCAGCCAGAGCUGACUUGACAAUUAAGUAAAAUAACGAAAGCCAAAAUGUUGAAGAGGACAAGGACACCAAGUGAGUCCUCUCAGAGCUCAGUGUACAAUACAGAAAGCAUGGCUUCCUCGCUCCCAACAGACAGUCACACAGGGACCAGAGACCUGGAACCCUAAAGCCCUGCUUCCAGGGGCUGUGGUAGCUUUGUAGGGCAGCUGUGAAGCUGCAUCAGACAGCAGCAUGCCUUGCUCUGAAGCCAUUCAGCACUUGAAAAUCCAGGUUUACAUACAACUGGCUGAUAAGCCUUAGAAGGAUUUAGCAUGAACAACCAAUGCCUUGCACACUUCCAAAGUAAUCUGAGUUAUGAAAACUCGUUUUUGCCACACUCUUCCACAGCCGGUUCACGGGAGUAAGCAAACCUGUAGACCGUCCCUUCUGGACUGAUUCGUGUAAGAGGACUCAUUGCCCGCAGCUGCAAGUAACAGGUUAUGAAGCGUGCAAGAUUCUCUGACUUUAAAAAGCACACUCUAAGGGCUGCAUGCAUCUCUCCAUAAAUGCCCAGAGCCAUCUUUCGCAGCACCGUCUCCAGGAAACAGUUAACGUGUUUGGGACAUUUUUGGCUCACCUUUUGACUGUUCCUGUGAGCAAAUGCCCCGCUCCCCAAAGCUGGAAACUACGCGCAGUGCUGCCCCACACAGCCAACCUCCAGUGCAUAGAAGCCUUAGGGAAAGUGGGCGCGGGGCCACACUCGCUUUCCCCGCCUGUUGUACGUUGCCGCCACGGUGUGAAUGGUAGUUAAGCCUCCUGGUGAGGCUAUUUCUACCACCCAGCCUCACCAAUGCCAAGUGCUGGCAUUGUUGGCAAUGCCAAACUGUUCCUACAUUCUGUUUCUCCUUGGGAAAGAAAAGCAUGGGUGUGUACUUUUCCUGCCUAGGUGCUCCUUGACUAAAUUACUCAUGGCCAAGUUUUCUCCUCUCCGGAAGGGCCUACACCAGCUCAGACACAGCCUCAGCCCCUUUCCAGCAGGACCUUCAGGCUCCCUUAGCAUCUGUCACCGUCAGUCAGCCUCGGGUUCGCCUUCCUCACAAGGAGAACCUGAGGCUCUGCCUUGCCUCAAACACUUUGGACUUCCUAGGACUCUGAAUUCUGCUCCAAUGUAAAUAAAUAAAAACAUGGUCUCUUCUGAUUCUGGACCAGGAGUAAGCCAACUUCUGAAAAGGGCUAGAUAAUAAAUAUUUUAAACUUUGUCCAUGAUGUUUUAAA